AUGGUGGCGAGGAGCAGAAGAAGGGAUGGAGCCAAGGGGAUCCUGCUACUUCUGGAGGGGCAGCUGAAGGGAAAGAGGUUCUUCUGCGGUGAUGCCAUCCGCCUCGUGGACAUCGCCGUCGGCGGGCUGGUGCACUGGCUGGGCGUCGUCGGGGAGAUCUGCGGGGUGACGCUCGCUGGUCGCCGACGAGGAGUUCCCCGGUCUCUGCCGCAGGGCCAAGGCCUAUGUCUAGGAGGUGCAUGUCAAGCGGUGCCUGCCGGGAUGCGCUCGUCGCCAUGUUCUUUGUGUGCUGGGAGAUGA